GACAUAGAAGCAAAGGAUAACGCUAAGCGCACAGCGUUACACUGGGCAGCAGAGAACGGACAUAAGAGAGUGGUACAAUUACUAGUUGAGAGAGGUGCACAUACUGCUGAGAAAGACUACAUUGGACGAACACCGCUACGUAUAGCAGCAGAGAAUGGGCAUAAGGCGAUUGUGCGCCUAUUAAUUGAUAAGAUGGCUGAAAUUAGGGCGAAACAUGGCACUGGC